AUGGCAGCAGCCCGGAGCGACGACGACGACGACCAAGUCUCGUACCCCGAGGGCGGCACACGGGCCUGGCUGGUGGUGCUUGGCGCCUGGUGCGCCAUGAUCCCGUCCAUGGGCCUGCUGAACACGCUGGCCGUCCUGCAGGCCUGGGUGUCGGUCAACGAGCUGCACGGAAUACCCGAGUCGUCCAUCGGGUGGAUCUUCAGCCUGUACGCCUUCUUUCUGUAUCUAUGCGGUGCCCAAGUCGGCCCUAUAUUCGACGUGCACGACGUCCGGUUCCUGAUCAUCCCCGGCUGCAUCGGCAUCGUCGCGGCUACCAUGCUCCUGAGUCUUGCAAAGGAAUACUACCAGUUCCUCCUCACGUUCGGCGUGCUCGGCGGCGUGUCGGCCUCGAUGCUCUUCAACCCCAGCAUCGCGACCAUCGGCCACUGGUUCUCGGAGCGCCGCGCGCUGGCGACGGGCGUGGCCUGCACGGCGGGGGGCGUCGGGGGCGUCGUAUUCCCGCUGAUCAUCCUGUACGCGUCGCCGGCCAUCGGGUUCCCCUGGGCCAUCCGGAUCAUCGGCUUCAUCUGCGCGGCGGCCUCGGUGGCCGCCUGCACCCUGCUGCGCAAGCGGCUGCCGCCGAACAAGAAGGGCGGGUCGUCGAUCGACCUCGGGGCGCUCAGAGACACCCGGUACGCCAUCGUCACGGCGGCCGUGUUCCUGGUCGAGUUCGCCGUCUUCAUCCCCUACACGUACAUCUCGUCGUACGCCAUCGCCACGGGGCUCGAGCCCCAUAAGGCGUACCUGCUGAACACGCUGCUCAACGCCGGCGCGAUCCCGGGGCGGGCGCUGCCGGGCUACGUGGCGGACCGGUUCGGGGUAUUCAACGUCAUGUGCGUCACGUGCUUCACGUGCGUGGCCUUCAUCCUGUGUCUCUGGCUGACGACUCCGCGCGACAACGAGGCCAUGGUGACCAGCUUCGCGGUGCUGUACGGGUUCUGGUCCGGGGCGGCCAUCAGCCUAACGCCGGUGUGCAUUGGCCAGGUGUGUCGGGUGGAGGACUACGGGAAGAGGAACGGCACGGCGUUCUCCAUCGCGAGCAUUGGCGCCCUGGUCGGAAUCCCAUUGGCCGGCGCCAUUCUGCAGGCGCAGGGCGGAGGGUACAGCGGAGUGAUUGCUUUGGCCGGAGGCGCAUACGCUGCAGCCACGGCUGCUUUUAUAGUCGCGAGGGGAGUAUCCGCCGGUUGGAGUCUCAAAACUGUAUUCUAG